AUGACGAGCAGUGUCAACAGGGGGCGUACAGGGGAAGUUCAUCUGCCGUUUCAGUCACCGGAGCAAUCUACAAUUUCGCAGUUUAUUUAACAAUUAACGUUAUGUUGAUGGCGUCCAUCUUGGGCAACGUUUGUUCCUGACACGGAUAACCUUCAGAUGCAUUCAUCGGAUUUUAAAAAAUGUCUGGAGAAGCCAGUUCUCAGGAUGGGAACGGGAGGGUCAGCCGGGUCAUACGGAUCGGGACCAGGAAGAGCCAGUUGGCUCGUAUCCAGACAGACAGCGUUGCAGAGAAGCUGAAAGAGCUGUUUCCAGAAGUUCAUUUGGAGAUAGUUGGAAUGUCCACUAUUGGAGACAAAAUCCUAGAUACUGCAUUAUCAAAGAUUGGAGAGAAGAGUCUUUUCACCAAAGAACUGGAGAAUGCUCUGGAGAAGAAUGAGGUCGACCUGGUGGUCCACUCUCUGAAGGACCUGCCCACCACCCUGCCUCCAGGCUUCACCAUCGGAGCUGUGCUGAGGCGGGAGGACCCCCAUGAUGCAGUAGUGAUGCACCCCAAAAACGCUGGCAAGUCCCUGGAUGCCCUUCCUAAUAAGAGUGUGAUCGGCACCAGUUCCCUACGCAGGGCUGCCCAGCUGAAGAAAAGGUUCCCCCACCUGGAGUUCAAAGACAUCAGAGGGAACCUGAACACUCGUCUGAAGAAGCUGGAUGAGAAGGAGGACUUUGCUGCCAUCAUCCUGGCUGCAGCAGGACUGCGCCGUAUGGGCUGGGACAGCAGGAUCAGCCAGACAUUGAGUCCUGAAGACUGCAUGUAUGCCAUUGGACAGGGUGCUCUGGCGGUGGAGGUGAGAGCCAGAGACACAGACAUCCUGGAGAUGGUGUCUGUGCUGCACCACUCUGAAACCGUGCUGCGCUGCAUCGCUGAGAGGGCCUUCCUCAGACAGCUGGAGGGAGGCUGCAGUGUUCCUGUGGCUGUCAACACCGAGGUCAAGGACUCUCAGCUGUACCUGACGGGGGCAGUGUACAGCCUGGAUGGGAGUGACAGUCUGAAGGAGACCAUGCAGACCAGCCUGGCUGACGACAAGCAGGAGCUGGAGGAGGUGGACGAGCGCAUGCAGCACGUGGGCGUGACGGCCACCAAGAUUUCGGCCUCCGCCCAGGACGCAGCAGAGAAGCUGGGGCUAGACCUGGCUAAUCUACUGCUGAGCAAGGGAGCCAAGGAGAUCCUGACUGUAGCCAGGCAGCUCAACGAUGCCUCAUAGUAGCUCCGAGAUGCAGAGCUGUGGGGUGUUUGGGGGGGGGGGGGGGGGGGGGGGUUAGAGGUGCUAGUGUAACUCUAACUCUUUAUUACACUUAGUCAUAUUAUUGCUUUCAUUUAGCACUAUGCUGCACAGGCCACACCUAUUAUGUAAACGCCUUCUCAGUUGAAGGACGUGUAGUUGACAAGAGAAAAGCCUGUUUACCAAACACAGGAAACAUGCUGGGAGAAUGUUCAGCUCCUGUUCAGCACUGAACACCGGACCCCUAAACACGAGGGAUCUAAAGCAAAGCUAAAAAAUAGACCUGAUAUCAACUACACAACCCAGGAGGCUGCAGUAUCCAUUAGCGCCGGCUUAUCUUUAUAGACAGUUUGUUCAAAAAUGACCAGGGUGUUCUCACUGUGUGGCCUUGUGCACUGUGUUGUUGUAGAUGUGGUAGAGUUACCCUAACCCAGCUUGGAGGUACUUGGAUGGAGUUGUGUGUGUGUGUGUGUGUGUGUGUGUGUGUGUGUGUGUGUGUGUGUGUGUGUGUGUGUGUGUGUGUGUGAGGUAAGAUAUGUUAUGUGUGACUGGGUCAGGACUUCCGUGUAACACAAGACAGUGCAGAUGGUAGACCUUCAAUCAGAACUGUAAAGAUGUCUCAACCUUUGACAAAUUUAAAAUUAGAGUGAUAUCUAAUUACAUCUUAAGCCUUUUUCUACCAGCCAUCUUCAAUGAAGCUUGGACUCCCCCAUAGGUAAUCAGCCUCCAGCUAACCUUUAAUGUUCUGUAUAAUAUGGCUAGUAAGGGUUGAGUUCAACAGAUUGAACAGAAUGUACCUUUUACAUAUAUUUUGUCAUUUUCCAACCUACCCAACACCUGUACAGUAGAUCACAGUAAUGUUGUGCCUUUUUCGAGUUUCAAAAACACCAAAGCCAGGCCCUGCCCAAGUGUCCUCUCACCCCCAAGUACUCAGUGCAAGAAGAUGGCCUUCAGAACAGGCCUCAACAAGGGUCAUAUCACUGUUUAUCACAUGGUGGGUCACAAUGACCCGAAGGCAGCACAAGGUUUAAGGUUUUCAUAGAUUUCUAUUAUUCUAAUGCAAUGCCUCAAACAAAUUAUUUUCUUUUUCCAUAUCAAUGGUCCUAUGUUUUUCUCAUCAGUAUUAUCUAUGUAGAUGGCCCAUAAUACCAAUCCUUAUUUCCCCUCAAUGUUUUUGAAAUGGUUGUGAAAUACCUCUGUAUUCAUGUUUAAAUAUGUAUCUGUAUUCUGCUAAUUACAUUUAUGCAAUCUGGGAAGGAGGAGUUUGUCUGUGUCACGGAUCAUAGAGAGAGUGUUGAGAAAGGAUCUUUCAAUAAAGGGUUUUAUUUGA